AAAAGGAUUUUUAGUUUUGUGUAGCUAGAAACGAGUAUAGCAUUAAAACAUUUGUGAUAAAAUAAGGCGAUUUCAGGAUCUCCUUAAGAUUAUUUUCAGAUACAUCAUAGCCAAUGAAACGAUCCGUAUCAGCGCUUGAAAAUGAAUUUAAGCCGAUCAUAAGUACAAGAUCUGAUUAUGAAUAUCGAUUAUAGAACGGUUAAAAAAUUAAUAGACUUCGAAAAAAGCAAUUUACGUUAACAAGAUUAUGCUUAUGGGAUAGAACCCAUUUCAAGUUACAAACGUUUAGGAACCCUUAAAGAAAAAAUACGAUUGGUCUAUUCCAAACAUUUGCACUGUGAAGUGGACCCUAACCGUCUGUCAGUCACAAAAAAGUUGCGGCACUUUUUUUAUAGAAGUUUCGGAACGCAUCUCGUGUCCAACAGGAGAAUUGAUUUUCUAGUAAUUCUCAUGAGAUGUAUUUUCCUAUUACAUACGUGUUGUGAAAUUCAUCGAAAAAGAUUUUGCAACAUUCUCAUGAUUGGCCAUGUUCGGCAGAACGUUUAUUUUGUAACUAUAUGGACGUCUUCUGAGAUAAGUUUGAACUAUCCUUUUAGAAGAAUAAUUUAAUCUCAAUAUGGAAAACUUCUAAGUUGUAAAGUAAACGUUCUGCUGAACGUAACCAUUGACUAGAUACGACGGAUCCGAUGCGCGCGCACAUCUACACUUUAUACACCGAGAGCGAAUCGGAUAUAUACUCGAGCACUGAGAGGGAAAGAAAGAGAGAGAAAACCGAGCGCAAAUAGUACAGAACGAGCCGUAUAACCGUGCCAGUCCUCCUCUGAUCCUUAGUAAUGGCGGCUGUGCGUAACUUUAAAAGCGGAUUUGUGCGUUCACGAUAUUUCGUCAGUAUAUAAAGCAUCGUCGGCGCGUAAAAUAACCUUUCGGGUUCACCUGGCGUCACCAAUUGUCACUGUCUCACUCGAGGCAGGCAACGGUUAUUGGUUCCACGAGGAGGUUGCUGAAAACAUCGCUUCGAGUACCGUUGCACCGACGCUUGGCUGUUUCCUCUAAAUGGAAGAAGAAAUAGUAGUAGAUGAUGUAGAUGAGAAUAGUAGUGCUGAAACACAGCAGAUGGACGACUCAACAACACCUGUAGUACCUCUGCUAUAUAUUCAGCAAAGUAAACGCCAAACAACAAAUGCGAAUCAAACUAUUGUUUCACCUAGUACUCAACUUGCUGCUAUUAUUAAUCCGGUAAACAACCAGAUUGUUACCGGACAAAAUAAAGUGUUUAUACAAGGUUCAGGUCAGGUUACAACAUCUCAAAGUAAGCAACAUAUUGUAAUUCACCGUCCCAUGAAUAGUGUGAGUUCUACAACGACACCACAGGCACAAAAACACAUAUUACUUAGAAAAUCAGCGACAUCUACUGCACAGAUUGUGCCUCUGAAUACAAAUCAAAGUAGUCAGUCCAAUGCACAAACAGGAAAACACACGUUUGCGUAUUUGGGGACUCUCAUUAAGCCUAACAAAUCACGGGAAUCUGUUGUUAUACCUGCAGGGGCCCUAACAACAACUCAAAUUACUAAACCAAAAUUAGUAAUCGCUCCAGUAAUAUCUCAGCUGUCUCAAACAUCAACGAGUACCACAACUGGUUCUCAAAGUCAGUCUUCUAAACAUAUGGCAAACUUGUUAUUGCCAGUGACCAUUCCUCAGCAGAGUGGGUCUACAAAACCGAGUAUGUUUAAUUUGAAAAUUAAUGCUGCCACUGGUCCAUUUAAUUCGGAAAGCAAAGGAACCAUAACAGUGUUACGUGAGUCAAAAACAUCCAAUUCCACAUCUCUGCCGCCACCAUUGCAUCCUAUAGCGAAGAUGAGCUUACUAAAUGCAAAUAAAGGCAGCUCUAAUUCCAUAGAUAGUAUUAAAAUUACUGAAAAUCCAGACUCAGCUGUAAUUACGCCUAUUCCGAAGAAAGAAGAUAAUAAUCCACCAGAAAAGCGAAAAAAGACAAUUAGCAAUAUAUUACGGGGUUCCAGCGAGAAACGGAUGAAGAAGCAAAGUCUGCCAAAAUCUCCUCAAGAUAGUUUAAUUGAUGUUAAUUACGCGCUGAGUAGCCCAGAAUCCGAACAAGACAAAGAUAAGAAAGUUCAGAACGAUGACGACAUUACAUUGAUUAAAGUCGUCCCUGGCGAGGACAAAGUCUCGAAACUUAACACAAAUAUGGACGAUGAUGUGAAAAUAGAAAUUAUUAAAACACCAACAAGUUGUAGUGGUGGUUGUAGCAUUGAAGUCGUGACUGACAAUAAAAAUGAAGCGAAAAGUAAUAAUAAUUGUGAUGAGACGAAGGACUACUUAAACACUCUGCAUCAAAACGAUUCGAAUUUCGAUGCGAGCAAAGUUUUAGACUGGAAAGACGGGGUUGGUACCUUACCAGGCAGUAAUUUACAGUUCCGUAUGAAUGAGUUUGGCUUUAUAGAAGUGGUAGAUGAAGAUGAAAGUAGUAAACAGAAUAAGGAUGGUAUUGGUGACAAGGAAAACGUAUGUGUGACGCAAAAUUCUUCCAAAUCCAGUCCUGGCACAAUUAACAAUGCUAGUGUGGAGAAAAAAACUGAUGAUAAAAAAUCCAGAUCUGUAUCUGCGGAUACAAUGUAUCAUUGCGAAGGUUGUGGAUGUUACGGAUUGGCUGCUGAGUUUGAGAGUCCAAUAUCAUGUGGUCCUUCUUGCACAGAACUGAUAGAAUCUAAAAAACCGUCUACAAAUCGGAAAGAUAAGGAUAUGAAAGACUUACGUGCAAAGAAGAAACGGAAGAGAUUGUUACAAGAGCAGCAAUGGACAAAAGAUAUGGAUGAAAAGUCUGAUGAGAAAGUGCAUGACAAGAUCGAGACGGAUGAGGAGAAUGCAAUAGCAGGAAUGGAUGAUGAGAGUCAAGGAGGAGAUUCGUCUGAGUCUAAAUAUCCUUGGCAAAAAGGGAAACUCGGUUUUUCAUGGCCAAAAUAUCUGGAUCAUUGCAAAGCGAAAGCAGCGCCUGUCAAGUUGUUCAAAGAUCCCUUCCCGUACACCAAAAAUCAUUUCCGAGUAGGAAUGAAAUUGGAAGGAAUAGAUCCGGAACGUCCUUCCCGAUAUUGUGUUCUGACGAUUGUUGAAGUUGUUGGUUAUCGCAUGCGUCUUCACUUUGACGGUUACCCGGAAAACUACGAUUUCUGGGUAAAUGCCGAUAGCAUGGACAUAUUUCCCGCUGGAUGGUCCGAGAAGAACGGCCAUCGAUUGGAUCCGCCAAAGGGUUACGUACCUAGUAACUUCAACUGGAACGCGUAUCUGAAAGUCUGCAAGGCGACCGCGGCGGCGAAGAACAUAUUUCCAAACAAAAGUGCGUUGCAGGCUGUCUUCACCACGGGCUUUCGAGUGGGCAUGAAGUUAGAGGCGGUAGACAGAAAGCAUUCGUCGUUAGUCUGCGUGGCUAGUAUAGCUGGUUUGAUGGACUCUCGGAUAUUAGUGCAUUUUGAUUCUUGGGACGAAGUGUACGACUAUUGGGCCGACGCAAGCUCGCCUUAUAUUCACCCCGUGGGAUGGUGUCAUCAUCAUGGCCACAGCCUGACUCCGCCGAAUAGUUACAAGGAUCCGAAGUCUUUUACGUGGGACGCGUAUCUGAAGGAAACGCGAAUGAUGGCGGCACCUGCUAGAGCGUUCAAGCAACGUGCGCCUUGCGGGUUCAAACGUGGCAUGAAACUGGAAGCGGUGGACAAACGAGUGCCACAGUUAAUCAGAGUGGCAACGGUCGAAGAUGUUAAAGGCCACAUGUUGAAGAUACGAUUCGACGGUUGGCCCGAGAGUCACGCUUAUUGGGUUGACGAUGAUUCAUCGGAUAUUCAUCCUGUGGGUUGGUGCAUGAAGACAGGUCAUCCGCUGGAACCUCCACUUACACCGGAUAAUUUGAAUGAUCGUCCGGAAUGCGGUACAUAUGGCUGUCGAGGUAUAGGACACAUAAAAGGGCCGAAAUUUGCAACGCAUAAUUCAGCAUCCGGCUGCCCGUAUUCGCCUCAAAAUCUUCAUAAACUGAGGCAGAUGUCCGAUAGACUUAAUUUUACGAAGCACGAGACCUGUGACUUCGAGGAUGACAUGCAAGAUAAGACAAGACUAGAGAAGACUGAUAAGAUAAAAAUGGAGAAACCUGAGAAGUCCGAUAAACUUGUGUUUUCAGACGACAGGAUAUUGUUGAUUGAGAAAGACAUUAAACAGGAAGACGGAGACUCAUCUGACAAAAAUGAUAAAAGCGAAAAUAGGUCAGAAAAUUCCGAGAAGUCAUGCAAGUCCAAUGGACAGACAGACGACGAUGAAGCUCCGAGGAAGCGAAAGAAAAGACGUCAUGUUUCGGAAGAACAGUUAUUUACUGUUUCAAAUGCUACGUAUAGCGAUUUAUCAUGGCACCCUACCCCGUAUGCUUCGGGCAUUAUGUCGGACAAACAGCUGCGUACAGAAUUGUAUCAAUCUGUGUAUAACCCGGGAUACAAUCCGUUACCAGACGCACCGCAUGUAUGGGCAAAACAUAGCAAUGCCUUAAAUAGAGUAGUAGCUAAGCAGAAUACGAAUCCACGACGGUGGUCCACCGAAGAAGUCAUUAAAUUUAUACAAAGUGUUCCUAAUUGUAAGGAUAUCGCCACGGUCUUCAGAAAGCAUAAUAUCGAUGGUGAAGCAUUUCUGAUGUUGACGCAAGAAGAUAUGGUAACGCUAUUGGAUUUACGAUUAGGACAUGCUAUUAAAUUGUAUAAUAGUAUAGUUCUUUUGCGGCAAAGAGCUACGUAAAUAAAUAACGUAAUGUUGAGGAAGAUGCAUGGAUUGACCCAUAAUACGCAGUAUACGGCUGCUAUUAUGAAGUUUAUUUGAUGCAUAUUUAUCUGAAACGCUAUUAAGUAAGUGCGGCACAUCUUGCCGAGUAAAUAUUUACUUAAAAUUCUUUGAUUUCUUCGAUCAGUGCGACGGUGGAAGGAUUAUUGCAACGAUUGAAUAUUUAUCAUAUACCUAUCCAUUUAAUUUUAUACGUCUGCUGCAGGAUUUUUCGAGAUGUAACCAUUUUAAAGAAAGUUUAGUCUCUUUGUAUGAUAUUUCUCCAGAAAAAGAGGAAUAUUUUACAAACAGGCUAUUUGCGAAAAGGUUUUAAUUUCAAUUAUCCUGCAAGAUAUCAAUUGCCCAGUAAUGCCUGACACAUGCGACUUACAGUAAUUAUAAGUAUUAUAGUAUUUAUAAUUACAUGUAAUUUCUUCGUAUGAGACAAAUGCAUUGAAUCAUGUACAAAUGUAAAUACCAUUUUAACUAAGUAUUGUAAUAAAACGAUCUACGCAAUCUUUU